UUGCUGCCGGGCGGCGGGCCGCAGUGGCGUUGGGGGCCGGCGAGUGCGGGGUCGUGGCCGUUUCUCCCGUAGGCUCCAGAGACCCGAGGCGGGGGCAGCGGGGACGGCGCGGCCUGAGGGCCUGCUGCGCGCGCGCGCCGUGGCCGCGGGCUGCCGGCGCCGGCGCUCCAGCCGCGGUUUCUCCGGUGCGGCGCGCGCGGCCCCGGGGGGCGGUCGGGCGGCGCCCGAGCCACGUGCUCUCCGCCCUCUGGGCCGCCCCGGAGCACCGCGCGGGGCGUCUGCGCCCUUGACGGACGGGGAGACGGAGGCCGAACCCGGCGCGCGGGUCGCCCGCCCCAAGUGCAGGCUCCGAUGGCGGCGGCGGCCCUGACAGACCGGGCGCAGGGUCUGAUGGCCUUUGAGGACGUGGCUGUGUACUUCUCCCGGGAGGAGUGGGAGCUUCUGGACGCAGCCCAGAGGGCCUUGUACCGCCACGUGAUGCUGGAGAACUUCUCACUCGUGGCCUCGCUAGGACUCUCUGCCUCCCGACCCCGUGUGGUCAUCCAGCUUGAAUGUGGCGAGGAGCCCUGGGUUCUCAGUGGGAUGGAUGUGACCCCAGUCAGGAAUGUCCAGAGGAGGCCCAGCCUUGGUUGCCACCGUCUGGCAGAGGACAGAGAUGUUUCUGGAGAAGCAGCAUUGCCAGGGGCCUUCCGGGAUAACUCCCCUCUGGCACCUACUAGGAUUCUUCCCACCACUGGUGUCUCUGAACGUGGGAAAAGCCUGCAGGGUUGGCGUGGCGCCUCUCCAUCUCAGGAGAGAAAACCCACGGGGGUCUCCGUGAUCUACUGGGAAAGGCUCCUGCUGGGCCCAGGCAGCGGCGAGCCUGGCGUCAGCCUGCGGCUGACCUCCCCGCUGAAGGCUCCGGAGGGUGGCGCCCCCAGGGAGAAGGCUCGCACAGACCGCCCUGCGCCGGCCAAGCAGCUGCGGGUAUCCGAGCGGCAGAAGCCACAGGCGCGGGAGCCUCCUGGGAGAGCCUUCCCGGGCGUCCUAGACCUCCAGGCCGCUCACGCUGCAGGGGAACAGGGAAUGGGCGUGGCUUGGCGCGAGCUUCCGAGACUCCCCGCCAGCCAGGAGCCCCCGACCUGGGAUGAGCUGGGCGAGGCCCUCCAUACCAGCCCCGGCCUCCUCCCCGGGGAGAAGCCCUUCGAGUGCAGGGCGUGCAGCAAGGUGUUCGUCAAGAGCUCCGACCUGCUCAAGCACCUGCGCACUCACACCGGGGAGCGGCCGUACGAAUGCGCACAGUGCGGCAAGGCCUUCAGCCAGACGUCGCACCUGACGCAGCACCAGCGCAUCCACAGCGGUGAGACGCCCUACGCGUGCCCAGCCUGCGGCAAGGCAUUCCGCCACAGCUCCUCGCUCGUGCGCCACCAGCGCAUCCAUACGGCCGAGAAGUCCUUCCGCUGCGGCGAGUGUGGCAAGGCCUUCAGCCACGGCUCCAACCUCAGCCAGCACCGCAAGAUCCAUGCGGGCGGCCGGCCCUACGCGUGCACACAGUGCGGCCGCCGCUUCUGCCGCAACUCGCACCUGAUCCAACACGAGCGCACGCACACAGGUGAGAAGCCCUACGCCUGCGCGCUCUGUGGCGCCGCCUUCAGCCAGGGCUCGUCGCUCUUCAAGCACCAGCGUGUGCACACGGGCGAAAAGCCCUUUGCCUGCGCGCAGUGCGGCCGCGCCUUCAGCCAUAGCUCCAACCUCACGCAGCACCAGCUGCUGCACACAGGCGAGCGGCCCUUCCGCUGCGGGGACUGCGGCAAGGCCUUCGCCAAGGGCGCCGUGCUGCUCAGCCACCGGCGCAUCCACACGGGCGAGAAGCCGUUUGUGUGCACACAGUGCGGCCGUGCCUUCCGUGAACGCCCGGCCCUCUUCCACCAUCAGAGGAUCCACACUGGCGAGAAGCCCAUGCGGCGGCCUAGGGCGGGCCUGCGCCUCCAGGCGAGACCUUCGGGGGCGUCAUCAGAAGGCACGCUGGGGAGGGAAGCCGGGCCCACUCCCACCUCGAGCCCAGCUGCAGCUCCGAAGCCGGCUGAGGCCUGAGGUGGCAGCUCGGACCUUCGCUGGCCUGUCAUGAGCCCCUUCCACGGAUAAAGGCCGUUUCCGCUGCACAUUCACACUUUGGAGAAGCCCUGUGUGUGCACUGCCAUCCUAUCUGCAUGUGGUCACAAGAUUUGCCACUUCAGCCACAGCUCACGCCUCCAUCCCCAAGAGGUCAUGCUCCAGAAAGAUCAGGGGGAUGGACAUGAAGGCUAGGAUUUUCGUGAGUCAGAGCCUUGGCAAUCAGAGCCAGUAGGUCAGCACGGUGGUGCCACUUCAUGCCUAUUGUGACCAGGCGCUAAGGUGAGGAGGGGUGGUGCAGGGAUGUGGUAGAGGUGGUCCAAAAGUUUCUGACUUCCACACAUAAACUGGCCCCGGGGUGGACGCUCAGGAUGCCUACUCACUCUACCCCCACGCUGGGCCUCAGUUCAUCCUAGGCUUCCUGGGAGUGAGCCCAGUGGACAGGAGGUCAUGUGGGGGUCGAGUGCUGGCCUCAGGCAAGUAGCUGGGCUCUGAGCCUCAGCUGCCUCCUCUGGAGAAGAGAAAAGACAGAUUCAGUUCUGCAGAGGGUAUUUGCAGCACCUUGACAGGCAGUAUCUUGAUAAGGACCAACACAUGCCAACUGCCAGCCGCUGUUCUGAGUGCUGCAAAGUGUCUCCUGACAGCCCUGUGAGGUGGCUAGUAUCCUCACUUCUCAAUGAGGAAACUGAGGCACAGAGAGGAAAUGUAAGUUGUACACAGCAGAACCAGGACUUGAACCCAAGCCUCUGGCCCAGCAUCCAAACAGCUCACCACCACACCCAGAUGCUCUAGUCUGCCAGCUGUGAGCGCUGAGUGGGGCCUGGCCUGGCUCCCAGCACAUGGCAGAUUUACAGGAAGUGGAGGAGGUGGAGGUCAUAGGGAGAAAGCCAAAACGAUGGCUCCCCAGCCAUGCUCGUUUAUUCAGGUUCUCAUCCAAGCCUCAGCAUUGGCUGUGUCCUGUUGUUACCAAGGUCAGUGGUACAGGCCUUUCCCUCCCCACUACCCUGACAAGAGGUGACAUAAUAAGAGAUAUCAGAUGAGACAAGAUGGGGCUGCUUGAUUCUGCCAGGUCCGGUGGCCAUGUGCCCACCUAUUCUCUUCCCUCACUUGGAAGGAGGACUUGCCCCAAUGGCACUCGCUGUUACCAAAGGCUGUGUGUGGUGCCUCCAUCCACCAGUGUGACACCCCCACAUGGUGGGGACACUGCAGCAGACGCGUAGGGUGGGGUUCUAGUUUGCUGCCUGUGGCCCUCAGCGGACCAGGGCCCAUCUCGACCUCGGGCCUCAUCCUAGGGAAUUUAAUGGUUGGUUUACUGUGGGGGGGGAAAAAAGACUAGUAGUUAAAACUUGGAAUGGACAUACAUUGUAAAUUGUUGCACAACACUGGAAGGCCUCAGCCUCUGCUUCCAGGUCAUGGUUCAGAAAGUUUUAAUAACACGAGUCCAAAGAGGCUCCUUGAUAAAGGUUUCUUUUUAAAA